UUAAUUGCCGACUCGCGAUUCCUGGAUUAACUCUAUCCCUGGUGAAAGUGUGGGGUCGGGACUCUUCAUAUUUAAGGAUGAAGGCGAGAAGAAAUAAAAAACAGAUCCCCAGCUUUCGGAAGUUACUAAAAACUAGUAAAGUCAAACUUGAAAACAAGCUAAAAAAUAAGCAAUUUAAACAACAAAGCACUCUCAAGAAGUACCGAAAAGAACAGAGGAAACUAAGGCAAGCUGUAAAAGAUGCUGUGUCUAAGAAACCGAUCCCACUGGAGGACCCAAAGGAAAAACGACCAGGUAAAAGGAUUGAGCGGGAAGAGGAGGAAGAAGAGGAAGCCCUUCCUUUGGAUAUGAUGGAUGAAGAUGACUUGCAGUUAAUGAGAGACUUAGGACAAAGAGCGUCUUUUCUAACGAGAGAUCUUUCUUCUAGUGAACCUGUUCACGCCAAGAAACGAAAGCAUGAGCGUGUUAUAGAUAAAUAUGAAAAAAUACCAAGAACUCUGCAAACUACACCAGAGAAGGAACUGAUUCACUUACUUCCUAUCAAGGAUAAAAGUGGUAUAAUCCCACGGACCAGGGAGAAGCCAGUUACAGACAGUAACCAAGAUGAAGAGGAUCAAGAAGAGCUGGAACUUGAGGAAGAGAUCGUUGAAGAUCCCAUUCGAGAGCUGACAUUAGAAGAACAUUUGAUUGAGAGAAGGAAGAAAUUACAGGAGAAGAAAAUGCAUAUUGCAGCCUUGGCAUCUGCCAUAUUAUCAGACCCAGAAAGUAACAUUAAAAAAUUGAAAGAACUGCGUUCCAUGCUGAUGGAACAGGAUCCUGAUGUGGCUGUUACUGUUCGAAAGCUGGUGAUAAUUUCCCUGCUGGAGUUAUUUAAAGACAUUACUCCUUCAUACAAAAUACGACCCCUCACAGAAGCAGAAAAAUCUACCAAGAUCCGCAAAGAAACCCAGAAGUUAAGAGAAUUUGAAGAAGGCCUGGUUAGCCAAUAUAAAUUUUAUUUGGAAAAUCUGGAGCAAGUGGUUAAAGACUGGAAGCAAAGGAAACUGAAGAAAAGUAAUGUAGUUUCCUUAAAGGCCUACAAAGGACUGGCGGAAGUGGCUGUGAGGAGCCUGUGUGAGCUGUUGGUGGCACUACCUCAUUUCAACUUUCACAACAACAUCAUUGUGUUGAUCGUCCCUCUCAUGAAUGACGUGUCAAAAUCGAUAUCUGAAAUGUGUUGUGAGGCAGUGAAGAAACUGUUUAAACAAGAUAAAUUAGGCCAAGCUUCCCUUGGUGUGAUUAAAGUGAUUUCUGGUUUUGUGAAGGGCAGAAAUUACGAAGUUAGGCCAGAGAUGUUAAAGACAUUCUUGUGCUUAAGAAUCAAAGAAGUGGAAGUGAAAAAAGAUACAGAGGACAUUAAUAAACCAAAAAAGUUCAUGACUUUCAAGGAAAAGAGAAAAACUCUAUCAAGAAUGCAGAGAAAGUGGAAGAAAGCAGAAGAGAAACUAGAGCGAGAGCUACUGGAGGCAGAAGCUUCAGAGAGCACGGAGAGAAAACUUAAACUGCACACGGAGACUUUGAAUAUUGUGUUUGUGACCUACUUCAGAAUAUUGAAGAAGGCCCAGAGGUCACCUCUCCUGCCAUCAGUUCUAGAAGGCCUUGCCAAGUUUGCUCACCUUAUAAAUGUGGAGUUUUUUGAUGAUUUAUUAGUAGUACUGCAUACUCUCAUCGAAUCUGGUGACCUGAGCUAUCGAGAAAGCCUUCACUGCGUCCAGACUGCUUUUCAUAUUCUUUCUGGGCAAGGUGAUGUUCUGAAUAUUGAUCCGAUGAAAUUCUAUACACAUCUGUAUAAAACACUGUUCAAGUUACAUGCAGGUGCUACCAAUGAAGGUGUCGAGAUUCUGCUCCAGUGCCUUGAUGUCAUGCUAACUAAGCGCAGGAAGCAGGUUUCUCAGCAGAGAGCCCUUGCUUUCAUCAAGCGUCUUUGUACCCUUGCUCUUCACGUUCUUCCAAAUUCAAGCAUUGGCAUUUUAGGAACUAACAGAAUAUUAAUGCACACUUUCCCAAAAACAGAUCUGUUGCUUGACAAUGAGUCUCAGGGAAGUGGGGUUUUCCUUCCUGAGCUGGAUGAACCCGAGUACUGUAAUGCUCAGAACACUGCGCUUUGGGAAUUACAUGCACUACGGAGACAUUACCAUCCCGUCGUGCAGAGAUUUGCGGCUCACCUGAUCGCUGGAGCCCCCUCUGAAGGCUCAGAAGCACUCAAACCGGAGUUGAGCCGGAGAUCUGCUGCAGAACUUUUUGAGACAUACAGCAUGGCUGCAAUGACAUUCAAUCCUCCUGUUAAGUCUUCAAGUUCCAAAAGGAAGAGUGAAGUUUUACAAGGGGAUUCAUUUUUGAAUGAAGAUUUAAAUCAACUAAUCAAAAGACAUUGCAGUGAAGUAGCUACUCACUUGCCUCUGGAUUUCCUCAAGUAUUUGAAAACAUCACUACGGUAGUAGAAGAAGGAGGAGUCGGUGGACUUUCUCUUAUAUUUGUUUAGAUGCACAUAGAGACCCACUGUUAAUUUAGGACAUUCUCUUUUUAUACAAGGGAAGCUUCCUAAGAAAAUUAACAGCGGAGGAAGAAUUACGCUUUGCAUGGCACAGGGUUCUGCCCCAAUUCUGAAAUUGUCAUUAAGAAAGGAGAAUUGAAAACCACCUACCCCCAUAUUUGGAAGUUUCUUAAUGACAUUGCCUUUUUAAAACUAACAUAUCUUGGGAUGCCUGGGUGGCUCAGUUGGUUGAGUAUCCAACUCUGGAUUUUGGCUCAGGUCAUGAUUUCAGGGUCGUGAGACUGAGCCCCACGUCGGGCUCUGUGCUAGGUGUGGAGCCUGCCUAAGAUUCUCUCUCCCCCUCUGCCCCAAGCCCCUG